GGCAACUAAUAUUUUCUCACCAAACACCGCCUAAAUCCGAGGGCAAUGUCACAAAUCACAACCCUGAGGCUUCUCUGCUCUUCUUCCUCCUUUCUCAUCCCAAAUCCCUUCUUAAGAUUCUCCUUCUCUUUAUCCCUCCUUUCGAAGUCCAGGGCUUUACUGAGUUCUCACUUCUCCGCCCUCACCGUGCGUUCCUACUACGGUCGAAGAGGAAGACGACCCCCUGGCCGUGGCGGACGUUUUCAGCACAGGAGAGGAAACAGUACGUUGAGAGAGGAGCGAAGGAAGGACAUAGAUCCUGCUCCGGUGCGUGAAAUGGAGGAAGCGGGGAUGGUGGGAUUCAACAAGAGAAGGGCGGAAGGGAGGGAUAAGAGUUACAGGCCCAGGACUCUCCAGCUCAAGAGUCGAAAGCUGAAUCCUGUAAACACCGUUUGUUAUGUACAGAUUUUGGGCACUGGAAUGGACACACAGGACACCUCAGCAUCUGUUUUUUUGUUCUUUGAUAAGCAGAGGUUUAUAUUUAACGCUGGAGAGGGAUUGCAACGAUUCUGCACAGAGCACAAAAUCAAGUUAUCGAAGGUUGAUCAUAUAUUCUUAACUAGAGUGUCAUCAGAAACUGCCGGAGGUCUUCCAGGUCUUCUGCUUACUCUAGCCGGGAUAGGAGAGGAGGGAAUGUCAAUUAAUGUCUGGGGUCCUUCUGACCUUAAAUAUCUGGUUGAUGCCAUGCUUUCAUUUAUUCCAAAUGCCGCCAUGGUGCACGCUCACAGCUUUGGGGAAAAGCAAAGCGCUAAUGGAGUUGCAGUUUUGGAUCAUAAUUUGGGUUGUUCUGUUGAUCCAAUUGUUCUUAUAGAUGAUGAGGUUAUCCGUUUGUCAGCAAUUCUCUUGAGGCCAAAUUGCUCUGGAGGCUCAUCUAUGAAGCCUGGUGAUGUUGCUGUGGUCUACGCUUGUGAGCUACCUGACAUUAAGGGAAAGUUUGAUCCAGAAAAAGCUGUAUCCCUUGGGUUGAAACCUGGACCAAAAUAUCGAGAGUUACAGCUUGGCAACUCAGUCAUGUCAGACAGUCUUAACAUUAUGGUUCAUUCUAGCGAUGUUUUAGGUCCUUCAAUUCCUGGUCCAAUUGUGCUUCUUGUAGACUGUCCUACGCCAUCACAUAUGCAAGAUUUGUUCUCUGCACAAUCUCUCAAUUCUUAUUAUGUAGAUUCACCAGAUUGUCAAAGAGAGGGCGUUAAAUUAGUGAAUUGUGUAAUUCAUCUUGGACCAGCUUCUGUAACGAAGAAUACUGAUUAUCAAAUAUGGAUGAAGAGGUUUGGAAAAGCGCAACACAUCAUGGCAGGAUAUGAAAUGAAAAAUAUGAAAAUUCCUAUCCUUAAAUCAAGUGCAAGAAUUUCAUCAAGGCUUAACUAUCUCUGUCCACAACUGUUCCCAGCUUUGGGAGCUUGGCCGUCUGAGAAUGGAUUCAUUCCUUCUCUUAGAGACUCUAUUGUUCCGUGUGAGGCUCACUCUUCAGGUUUUGUUGAUAGUGUCUCAGCUGAAAAUCUACUGAAGUUUCACUUGCGUCCCUACUCUCAGCUUGGAUUGGACAGAUCUGCUAUUCCGAGCCUGCUUAAUCACACACAAAUAUUCAAUGAACUAUAUUCUGAAAUCCCAGAAAUUAUAGACGUUUCUGAAUUUAUAAGUUCGUUCUGGAAGAAUCAUGUUGAAAAUAAAGGUUUGAGACCCAUGAAGUGUAGUGAUGUGGUGGAGGAACCAUGGAUAAAAGAAGCUUCUCACCUUUCUGACAACUUAGAAAAUCAAAGGGAAAAUACAUCUAAAGAAGGAUAUCCUUGGCUAAAUUUCAAUCAGAAACCAGAACUUGAUCCCUCUGAUAUUCCCACCUGCUUGGACAAUGUAACCAGAGAAGACAUGGAAAUUGUUCUGUUGGGUACAGGCUCCGCACAACCCUCAAAGUAUCGAAAUGUCAGUUCUAUCUUUAUCAAUCUUUUCACCAAAGGAAGUUUACUGCUAGAUUGUGGUGAAGGCACUUUGGCACAGUUGAAAAGAAGGUUUGGAGUUUUAGGCGCAGAUAAUGCUCUGAAAACAUUAAAAUGUAUAUGGAUUUCUCAUAUUCAUGCCGAUCAUCAUACUGGUCUAGCUAGAAUACUUGCACUGCGAAGCCAGCUUUUGAGGGACUUGCCUCAUGAGCCUUUACUUGUAAUUGGACCAAGGCCAUUGAAGAGAUUUUUAGAUGCUUAUUCUAAACUUGAAGAUCUGGAUAUGUUAUUCUUGGACUGCAGACACACAACAGAAGCUUUCAUGGAUAUUGUUCACAGUUCCAAUGGCUUUCAUGAAGAUCGCUUUGCUAAUGUUGAAGAAAAAGAAAGCAGAGGAAAAGAAGCCGAGCCUCAAACUUUAGAAACUAACUUAUUUGCACAAGGGAGUAAAAUGCAAAGCUAUUGGAAGAGACCUGGAAGUCCGGUUGAUAAGGCUACAGUUAUGCCAAUUUUGAGGCAUCUGAAGGACUUGCUUCUUAAAGCAGGUUUAGAGGCUUUAUAUAGUGUCCCCGUUGUACACUGCCCUCAGGCAUUUGCUAUUGUUUUGAAAGCAGCUGAAAGGACAAAUAGUGUGGGAAAAGCCAUACCAGGCUGGAAACUAGUUUAUUCAGGUGAUACAAGACCAUGCCAAUCACUCAUCGAUGCUUCUCGCAACGCAACUGUUCUUAUCCAUGAGGCAACUUUCGAGGAUGGCUUGGCAGAGGAAGCCGUGGCAAGAAAUCACAGCACCACAAUGGAGGCUAUAGAGGUGGGAUCGAAAGCAGGAGCUUAUCGUAUAAUUCUCACUCAUUUCAGCCAGAGAUAUCCCAAAAUCCCAGUUUUUGAUGAGGCUCACAUGCACAAUACAUGUGUUGCCUUCGAUCUGAUGAGCGUUAACGUUGCAGAUCUUCCUCUGCUUCCGAAGGUUCUCCCAUUUUUAAAAGUGCUUUUCAAAAAUGAAAUAGUUGUGGAUGAAUCUGAUGAUGCUAUGGAUGUAGAUGCAGGCCAAUAUUGAGGUAGGAUGAACAUUCCAGCUAAUCCUUGUUUCUUUGAUCAUUCCUUAGAAGAUUUAAAUGCAAACCACUCAAUUCUUAUGUAUUUACAUAUUUGCCAA